CCGAGCCGUCUGUGCUGUAGCCGCCGCCGCCGCGAUGGGCAAAACUGCUGACUCCCGGACUCCGGGAGCCCUACCCGACCCGGUGCGGAGCUUUAAUCGCUGGAAGAAAAAACACAGCCAUAGGCAGAACGGAAAGAAGCAGUUGAGGAAGCAGCUGAAGAAGCCCGAGUGGCAGGUUGAGCGCGAGGGUAUCAGCCGCCUUAUUCAGAACUACGAGAAGAUAAAUGUAAAUGAAAUCACCAGAUUUUCAGAUUUCCCCUUGUCCAAAAAAACAUUGAAAGGUUUGCAAGAAGCCCAGUACCGUCUGGUUACUGAGAUACAGAAGCAGACCACUGGGUUGGCUUUGCAAGGUAAAGAUGUACUUGGAGCUGCCAAAACUGGAUCUGGCAAGACUUUGGCUUUCCUUGUUCCGGUGCUGGAAGCCUUAUAUCAUCUGCAAUGGACCUCAACAGAUGGGCUGGGGGUUCUGAUAAUAUCACCCACGAGAGAACUGGCCUAUCAGACCUUUGAGGUUCUCAGAAAAGUGGGAAAGAAUCAUGACUUUUCAGCUGGUCUCAUCAUUGGUGGCAAGGAUCUGAAACAUGAAGCUGAGAGGAUCAACAAUGUAAAUAUACUUGUUUGCACACCGGGUCGGCUUCUUCAACACAUGGAUGAAACGAUAUGUUUUCAUGCUACUAAUCUCCAAAUGUAGGUGAUUCUUGAUGAAGCAGAUAGAAUCUUGGAUAUGGGCUUUGCUGAUACCAUGAAUGCUAUUAUUGAAAAUCCUCCCAAGAGACAUCAGACUUUACUUUUCUCAGCAACACAAACCAAAUCUGUAAAGGACCUUGCACGCUUGAGUUUGAAAAACGCUGAGUAUGUCUGGGUUCAUGAGAAAGCAAAAUAUAGCACCCCUGCCACUUUGGAACAGAAUUACAUAGUUUGUGAGCUGCAGCAAAAAAUAAGUGUGCUAUAUUCCUUCUUGAGAAGCCAUCUGAAAAAGAAGAGUAUUGUAUUUUUCUCCAGUUGCAAAGAGGUGCAGUAUCUAUACCGAGUGUUCUGCCGGCUAUGUCCUGGUAUUUCUAUCCUUGCCCUCCAUGGUCGACAGCAGCAGAUGAGAAGAAUGGAAGUCUAUAAUGAAUUUGUCCGUAAGAGAGCUGCAGUGCUCUUUGCUACUGAUAUUGCAGCUAGGGGGCUGGAUUUCCUGGCUGUAAAUUGGGUUCUUCAGUUUGAUUGUCCAGAGGAUGCCAACACGUAUAUUCACAGAGCCGGUAGAACUUCCAGGUACAAAGAGGAUGGUGAAGCUUUAUUAAUUUUGCUUCCCUCAGAAGAAAAAGGGAUGGUACAGCAGCUUCUCCAGAAGCAAGUACCUGUGAAGGAAAUCAGAAUCAAUCCAGAAAAACUUACCGAUGUCCAGAAAAAACUGGAAUCCUUUUUAGCCCAAGAUCAAGAUUUAAAAGAAGGAGCACAAAGGGUGCCUACAAAAUUGGAUGACCAGGGUGAUCCACAGUUGUACUCCUGCUUCCGCAAAGCCUUAUUUAAAUUUAGUUGCUGCUAUAUUACUUUUAAAGAUGAUUUUGAAUUGGAUAUUUUCCCCAUGUAA